AUGAUACCCCGGUCUCAUCUGGCCAUCAUCCUAGCCACCUUGAUCGCGAUAUUCUGGCUCGUUGGUACAUCCUUCUGGCCGAAGAAGAGCGCAUUAGAAACACCGGCCCGGAAGACAGCUUUUCGUCAAAGACUAGUCGCUGUUGGGGAUCUUCAUGGAGACCUUGAGAAUGCUCAAAAGGUUCUCAGAAUGGCCAAGAUCAUUGACCAGAAUGCCAACUGGAUAGGCGGAACAGAUAUCCUCGUUCAGACUGGUGAUGUUGUAGAUCGAGGAACCUUUGCCUUUGAUAUCUAUCGAAUGAUGCAGAGACUUCGAGGACAAGCAGCCGAUGCUGGUGGACAGCUCGUAUCGAUCCUGGGGAAUCACGAGAUCAUGAAUGCCAUCGGGGACUGGCGCUAUGUCACCGACGAGGAUAUCAAGCACUGUGGCUCGACCGCGCAGCGUCAGAAGGACAUGUCGAUAGACGGCUGGCUAGGCCAGGAAUGGCUCGCCAACUACUCUUCCACAGCUUUGGUGGCCUUGGCCGAUCAUCCCCAAGCUCCCAGACUAUCGUUUACACACGGCUCACUCCGGCCAUCUUAUCCCAAUCUCACCCCAUAUCCAGGCAACAUCAAUAGACUCGGGCAUUCGCUCUUGACCAAAGCUCUGACGCCACCAAUGGCCAUGCCAUAUCCGCCGAAUCCAUAUCCUGGUCUGCCUAGAGCAUUGACAGACGCCGAAGCGGAAUUAUAUGCUGAGGGAGGUCCUUUUUGGUGGCGAGGUCUCGCGCAGAGCCCCGAUGAGAAGCUAGUAUGUGGUUGGGCAGAGCAACUGAAAGCGAAGCUAGGCGUGAGACGGAUCAUAGGGGGCCAUACUCCCAACUUUGAGCGCAUUGUGGACCGAUGCGAGGCUUCGAUCAUCAUCAUAGAUACUGGCAUAUCAAGCGCCUAUGGAGGAGUGUUAUCAGCGUUGGAAAUCAUUUACACCCUUUCACCAACAGCGCCGAAUCGUAUUCACCAUCAAGAUCCUCUUUUGCUGACGCAGGGGACCGAGUAUGUUGAGCGCGAAGAGGUUCACGCGAUUUAUGAGAACCGUCGACGUCAGCUAGCCGUAGAAGAACGUACCAUAAGGUUGUAA